AUGAAGAUGACUGUAAAUCGCAUAAGGGUAGUUGUGCUUGGGAGUCCAAGAAGCGGAAAAUCAGCAGUGGUAGUGCGCUAUCUAACAAAACGUUAUAUCGGAGAAUACAGCUCAACAGGAGAUUUCCUGUAUCAACAUCGUGUUGCCUUCGAUGGCGCUGUUUCAGAGGUUGAGAUACUGGAUACGUCUAAUUGUGCGAUUCGUGGUUGUCUAGGCGAGCACAUACGUUGGGGGGAUGCCUUCGCCGUCGUUUACUCUGUCUGUGAGCGACGAUCGUUCCUUGCGGCAGCGGAGAUACUAUCGUUGUUAGAAAGGACCCGCCUGCCCAGCUGUGCUGCUGUCACACUAUUGGGCAACAAACGUGACCUCGAACACGCCAGGGAGGUCCAUGCGGAUGAGGGUCAAGAGCUGUCGUUGCGUUUCGGAUGUCAGUUCUAUGAAGUGUCUGCAGCGGAGUCGUGUGCCGGCGCCGCCCUCGCCUUCCACGCUCUACUGAGAGAGGCGCGAGCGUUGGCACUCUUACUACCAGCGCCCAGGAGGAAACUGGCCGCUUACUCCGUCUCUAAGGUAAUCGGAACGAUAUUCGGAAAGAACAGUAAAAGUGUACGAAAGAAACGACCAUCACUUAGCAUUUAA